AUGAAGUCGCGUGCACCCUCCCUCCUCGACCUGCCCGUCGAGCUGCUCGACAAGAUCCUCGGCUACGCUUAUUGGAUCCACCUCAGCUACGACAUUGGACGAUACAGGCCGAUCUCGAUCUGCCGCGCCCUGCAACCCUCCCUCGACCGCGUCCGCUAUCGCGUAAUCCCCUGCCUUUCGUCCACCGAGUCCGCCAUCCUGCUCAGGGCCAUUGAAGCACGUCCAGAGCUCGGCUUCUCAUGUCAGCGACUCCACCUGAACACGCUUGGGGACAAGUCGGAAGACGAAGAAGUGGACGACACGCCCUACGACUCGGACAUCCUCGCGAGGCUCUUUGCCUUGAUGCCAACCCUCCGUCACCUCGACUUUACCAGUAGUCAGGUCGACCUUGCCGCCAUCCUCGCUCUUACGAGCCAAGGCGGCGUCAAUCUGCCUCUCAGCAAUAUCGAAACCAUCUCCAUAAGUCUUCAUUCACCGACAGAUCGCCCCCCCUUCGUUACCGAUAUCAGCCCGUUCAUGCAGUACCACCGAUUGACGACGCUCUCGGUCGACCACAUCGUCGACGAACCGCUGAACCUUCGCCUCGUCACGUCCGGUGGACAGCCGUGUCCGAGUCUCGUCAAGCUCGAGAUCGCAGGCGACCUGCCAGCGGCAGACGUCCACCAGGUGUUGAGAAGUGGCAUCAACUUUCAGCACUUUAUCUUCACCGACUUCUCGACACCCACAUUGAUCCGCACUUUCGCCCUCCCGGUGCCCAUGGACACCGUGUGCAUUCUCCACAUCAACCAGGGUUGCGGAGACGACGGAGAAUCGAUAGACCGUGCCUGCGUACUCGCAGGGUUCUCUCAAGUCCGGGACCUUACCGUCAAUGUCGGCAACUUGCGAUUGUCGUCGGAGGCAGUGCGAAUACUUCGCGCUCGCCCGCGUCUCGACGUCUUCUCCCUGUGGCUCGUCGAACGCAGCAUCAUGUACUUGGCGACUUUCCUCAACGGUCUUGGUCCGGCGCACGCACCGCGACAUGUCGACCUCGAAUCUCGACACUUCUACUGGAGUUAUCAGGGCCGCCUUCCUCGCCCCGGGGACCAGCUCGAUCUCUCCGAUGCGGUGCUUCAGACGCGGAACAGCUGGUUCAGGCGGAACAUGUGGACGGUCCCGUACCCGCUUGGCGAUACAGAGCGGAGCGACCUAAUGUGGCGCCUGCGCGAAGAGGCGGCUCGAUGCGGGAUCUCGUUCACGGGGAACGUUGCGAUGGCGGCAUACGUGCAGGAUGUGUACGAUGAAGUUCUGAAAGAGCUGAGGAGGGGACAGGUGGAGAAUUUGUCGGUCCGCGACACCUGA